CCAAUGUGCAUCAGUUGUGGUCAGCAGCAAAAACAAGUGAAUCAUCUCAGUGCAGUAAAAGGCCUAAAUAGCCCAUCUCUAUUUUUUGUGAAGUGAACCAGUCCCGAAAAAACCAACCAAUUCAAGAUGCCUUGCCCAUGCGGAAGCGGAUGCAAAUGCUCCUCCCAGACGACCAAGGGAUCCUGCAACUGCGGAACUGACUGCAAGUGCGGCGGCGACAAGAAAUCCGCCUGCGGCUGCUCCAAAUGAACUUCCCCAAAAGAGAAGAUCUGGAGAGAAUGACAACCCCUUAUCUCCGAACUGAUUUCUUUAUAUUUUCGCAUAUGUUUUCUCAUUUUCCCCUCCACACACAAUGUCCAAUUAAAGUAAUUGAAACCUAA